UCAACCUGCUCGUCAGGCUUGGGUCAGGAUUCUAGAUUUCAUUCUCGUGUUUGAGAAAUAACAAAAACAACAGCAGCGGCAAUGGAAUACAAGGACCAGGUUGUUGAAAUCGAAGCCUCCGCUUACUUCGGAGACCUGAUUGAAUUCUCGUAUCCGAUUGGCUACUCACACUGGGGCGUGUACGAUGGAGAUGGACACAUCAUUCACUUUGCAGUCGCAGAUGAGUCACAACUUAUGCAAAAGGUCCGUGGUUACCUGCAGACCAUGUUCCCAGUGUGCGGCGAUCUCCUUCUUGGAGAAACUCGGAUUCGCCGCCAACGUCUUGCUGAAGUCAACGUCCCCAAAGGAGCACAGCUACUGGUGAGCAACACCAAGCAUGAACUCCAACCGUCAGAGUACGAGGAUAUGAAGCGACGGCGUGACUCCCUGCUGGACAAACAACUUCCUUACAAACUCUUUACUCAGAACUGCGAACACUUCGCCACAUUUGUACGCUAUGGAAAAUCAGUGUGUAACCAGAUUCCAGGAAGAUCCAAAAACAAGGAAUGUGAAGAAGCGACCAAAGUGUUUGCAGACAUUGUGUGGAGAGAGACAUCAUGACCUGUGACAGACACCUAAAAAAACAACUAAUGAGAACAAUAUGCAUGCCAGUAACACAUACGUCUUAUUCGUUUAUAUGCAUCUGUGGUGUGUUUUGUUGUGACACACCUAUUGCCCCUCCUCACCUCAUUCAGACACCUAAGUGAGGUGUGUCAGAACAGGUAACACAUGGCAGGCCAGACUAAAAUUAGGAGGGAGGAGCAGUGAAAAAAAAAAUAGUUUUAGAGAUAAAAAUAGUUAUUGUUUAGGAUUAUAUAAUUAUAUGCUUUAUAAAUAUAUGUCUGUGGGUAUU